CAAAGGUGUAGGAGGUUGGGGACCUAAGUAAAAGUCCAAGAGUCCUGAACCAGUAACUAGAGGAAGGAGACAGAACAAGACUGGGAAAAGCUCACAGGCCGGGACCCAGACUAAAUAAACCCCUUCUCUACUGGACGCACUGGCCCGGCGCAGCGAUGACUGUCACCUACACAGCCCGAGUGGCGAAUGCCCGCUUCGGUGGCUUCUCGCAGCUGCUGCUGUUGUGGCGCGGAAGCAUCUACAAGCUCCUGUGGCGCGAACUGCUGUGUUUCCUAGGGCUCUACAUGGCGCUGAGCGCCGCCUAUCGCUUCUUACUGGCAGAGGAACAGAAGCGCUACUUCGAGAAGCUUGUCUUAUACUGCGACCAGUACGCCAGCCUCAUCCCCGUCUCUUUCGUACUUGGCUUCUACGUCACACUGGUGGUGCAUCGCUGGUGGAACCAGUACCUAUGCAUGCCUCUGCCCGACGCACUCAUGUGCGUGGUGGCCGGCACCGUGCACGGGCGCGACGACCGCGGCCGCCUCUACCGGCGCACUCUCAUGCGCUACGCAGGGCUCUCCGCGGUGCUAAUCCUGCGUUCGGUUAGCACAGCAGUCUUCAAGCGGUUCCCCACCAUAGACCACGUAGUCGAGGCCGGAUUUAUGACCCGUGAGGAGCGCAAGAAGUUCGAGAACUUGAACUCAUCCUACAACAAGUACUGGGUGCCCUGCGUAUGGUUCUCUAGCUUGGCGGCGCAGGCGCGACGAGAGGGGCGCAUCCGCGACAACAGUGCCCUUAAGCUGCUGCUGGAGGAGCUGAAUGUGUUUCGGAGCAAAUGCGGUAUGCUGUUUCACUACGACUGGAUUAGCAUACCCCUCGUCUACACCCAGGUGGUGACUAUCGCGGUAUACAGCUACUUCCUGGCUUGCCUCAUCGGCCGUCAGUUCCUAGACCCUGCACGGGGCUACAAAGACCACACCCUGGACCUGUGCGUUCCCAUCUUCACCUUACUGCAAUUCUUCUUCUACGCCGGCUGGCUUAAGGUCGCAGAGCAGCUCAUUAACCCUUUCGGAGAGGACGACGACGACUUUGAGACCAACUUUCUCAUUGACCGCAACUUCCAGGUGUCGAUGCUAGCUGUGGACGAGAUGUAUGACGACUUGGCCAUGCUGGAGAAAGAUCUAUACUGGGAUGCAGCGGAGGCUCGCGCGCCUUACACCGCGGCCACCGCUUUCCUGCUUCAGCAGCCCUCCUUCCAGGGCUCCACCUUUGAUAUUGCGCUGGCCAAAGAGGACAUGCAGUUCCAGCGACUGGACGGCGUGGACGGCCCGCUGGGAGAGGCUCACGGGGACUUUCUGCAGCGCCUCCUGCCGGCGGGGGCGGGCACUGUGGGUCCUCUGGGGCGGCGCCUGUCGCUGUUGCGGCGCAAGAACAGCUGCGUGUCAGAGGCGUCCACGGCAGCCAGCUGCGGGUGUGCAGGCACCGCGGAUGGCGGAGGCGUGGAGUGCGGUUGUGAAGACCCUUUGCUCGACCCCAGCCUUCGGGAGCCGGAGCUGGAGCCUCCCGCUUGUCUUGACCCCCCUGCCUCUAUCCCGGGGCCGCCUGCUGAACCUUUUAUCACUGUGUCCAUUCCGGGGCCCCGGGCUCCUGCGCCGCCCUGGCUGCCCAGCCCUAUUGGAGAGGAGGAAGAAAGUCCGGCUUGAGAGCCUGGGACCAGGACCCCUGCGGACAUCCAAUCUAGCACACAGGGUAUGCUGGUGACCACCAAGGUCUGCACCAGCUAGCUAGGUCUGCAGAAAUCGACCUGUCCGUUUUGACCAUUUGAGGCUGGUGGUGUUAGGGGUCCAUA